GACAAAAAAUGAACACACCAGCAGUGUGAGGAGACCUGAAAGUGGCACAUGGCAGAGUGUGGCGAUGGAGACAGCAGCAAUGGGAGGCCGUACAGGGACCCAUGAGAGACUCUGGACCUGGCAGCAGCAUGAGGAGGCGGUACAGGGGCCCAUGGCAGAUUACGGGCCUGGCAGCAGCAAUGGGAGGCCCGUAAUCUGCCAGCACCCUAUGACAAAAAAUGGAACACACCAGCAGUGUGAGGAGACCUGAAAGUGGCACAUGGCAGAGUGUGGCGAUGUAGACAGCAGCAAUGGGAGGCCGUACAGGGACCCAUGAGAGACUCUGGACUUGGCAGCAGCAUGA